AAAUGUAAAACAUAAUAAUUAAAAUGUCAAGAAGUUAGUAUAGUCGAAGAGAAUGCAUGGUUUACCCGGGGCAUGAAAAAGUAAUUUACCUCCUGACUGAUAAAACUUUGGUCACAGUCUUAGAUUUUGGAGAUUUUUGCAACGCUGGGAAUUCCUGUCUACAAUGUUUGAAUCUGCAAAUGAAAAAUUUAAAAUUGGACCCUUAAACAAUUCACCAUACCCCUUGCUUGGCGAUGAACAAAACAAGGUCACCAGUGCUUACAUUGAGGAUUUUAAAACAGUAGGUUUUGGCCGCAAGGAUUCGCAAAAAUAUCCCUUGUAUAACAACUCGUUUGACCCGAGAAUGUCUUUCCAGGGAUUUGAAAGUUGCAUCUUCAAACAGCAAGAUGAGAAAGACAAUGAACAAACAAAAGCCAGAUUAACAGAAAAUGUUUUCUUAGCUCUUGACAACCCAUCUGCUGUAAUGAAUGACUAUUUAUACGGAUAUAGAGAGUACCUCAAAAACCUAUCGGGCCUGCCCACAAUUCACAUUGGGUCCGGAGAUGACACAGGCGACAUCGUACACGAUGAUGGAUCUCAGGAAUGCAAGCGUCUGUUUCAGCGUAUCCAGUCACAGUCCGUAAGAUCCGUGUUUCCAAUGGAAAAUGAAGCUCGGGAAAAUCCUGCCCUCGAGAAGACUCUCACGGAGACUGACUGCCAAUUAGCAGAAAAUCAUAGCCAACCUGACAGAAUGGAUCAGCUCUGUUUAAACCCAUCUGCAGAUAUUUCAAAGUAUCACACAGAAAACGCAGGUGUAAAUUUAUCGCAGAAAUUACUUGAAAACAUAUGCGACGGCAUUGCUAGAAAGGCUAAAGAGAAUGGCCAGAUAUUGACCCCUACUACACGUAAAUUCCAGUCUCCUCCGGGGUUCUCCUCUCAGAAUUCAGCAAACGAUGGUGGUUCUUUUGAGAACACACAUGUAAUCAACGAAACUGUCAUGAAGGAGUCAACACUAGAAGAGAAAAAAAAUUGUCACGAUUUUUUGACGAAAGAUAAACAUAUGACAGACGAUAGAUCCCAUUUACUAAAGGAACAAAAAGCAGCAGAAAAAAUCCACCACUCAUCCUCGUCAGUGUCCAGAAAUUUACAAGAGGCGGUAGCAAAACUCAUCCCUGAAGAAACUCCUGACACAAAGUUACCGAGUGGAAAAUCAGACAAAAAGUUACCGAGUGAACAACUAAACAAGAAGUUACCGAGUGAAGAACCAGACAAGAAGUUACCGAGUGAACAACUAGACAAGAAGUUACCGAGUGAAGAACCAGACAAGAAGUUACUGAGUGAACAACUAAACAAGAAGUUACCGAGUGCUCAACCACAAGUCCAGUUACCCACAGAAGAACAGCAAGUGAAAGACAAAAAAAUGAAGCACUUAUCAGACGUUGAUGAAGGAACGGCUUCAGCAUCCAAAGAAUCCAACAAUUCAAGUUGGGCUGAGAAGCUGUUUUACAAAGAUGUAAAUGGAAAAGAAAAAAGUUCCAAAGAAGGGAAAUCUGGCUUUGACAAUAACAAGGUAAAAAUGACAGAGAAAGCAUCCAAGGCGAUCAAGUCCAAUUUAAGGCCAAAUUCAGAACCUUUCAUUCCACCAUCGCUUGCCUCAAAGUCCAACAAUGCGCUGCAAGUUCAAAACACAACUUUAUUUUUACACGAGGAUUUUCAGCCAAGACAUUACACCCAAAACCUUGUACCGCAUGCACAAAACAACUACCUCUCCAACAUUCAGCCCGCUUCGUAUCAACAACCGCCAUCACAGAGUAUGUAUAUUCCAACAAACAUACCGCCCCCACCAAUUCACAGUUUGGUCCCGUUCAGUGCCCAGCAGAAUUAUCACAGUCCACAAGAAGCAUUCCAAAAUGCGAACUGGUUUAACGACAGCAGUAUCAUGCAUCCGCUGGAUUACAAGGGUUAUCAAUUCCAGCCACCUCUUCAAAGCCCAGCGACAUUGAUUCCUUCUGUUGUGCCGAACAACCAAUCAUACAAUCAGAAUUAUCCGUACAACCAAGGGGUUAUAAAUUACAACUCCCCAGAAAAUAUGUUGCCUCGUGAUACGACAACAAACGUAGUACCGCAGUAUACAUUCGGUCCACAGCAACUAUUGUCCUCCACCUACCAACAGAACAAUCAGCCCCAGCAUUUCUAUGCCUUCAGAGAAUCCCGUAACAGUUUCCCUUACAAUUACAACAACAACUCGAUUGAUGACAACAACAAUAACAAUAAUAACAAGAAUUCAUUGACAGACAAAGGUUCUAGUUGUCUUGAAGUGGAUGAACGCGUUAUUCCACGUAUUGAGUUCCGUCGAAGUCGGAGCUGUGAGGAUUUGGUAUUAGACGGUUUCAAAGGAAGAACCCGGCCUAGGGCUAUAAGAUCCAACCUGAUAAGGAUUUAUCCUACUCAUAGUUGACUUUUUCAUAAAUAGUUUCUUGCGGUUUUUACGCAGAUAUUCCAUGUUAUUUGAUUUUUAACUUCGUUUUUGAAAUAUAAAACUGUUUCUUGGGUUGCAUUGUAAA